GGCUUGCUGAGAGGCGCAGAUAGAUAGAAAAUUGUACAGUGAGGACCUUGACAGCCUCAUAGGCGUGAUUUUUUUAUUUUUUUUUUUCUCCUACAUGCAGCGUAUAUAAAGGGGCCCCGAUUCCUUUCCGCGCCAGCUCUCAGGCUUUGCCAUCCCAGGGAACUGCAGGCAUGGGACUCCCUUGAGGAAUGGGAUGGGAAGGCGGGAGGUGGAGACAGGCUGGCAGGUGACUUUCCCCUCUCCGGCUGCGCUCGGUCACGGAGCUCUGAGGGACUAAGAGCCACCUGCCUCCCGGGCUGCAGCUCCCCAGUUAACCACAUCAGCGCGUCUUCGCAGCCUCCCUCGCCAGCGCCUGCCUCCCCUCAGAGGUGACUCUCGCUUCUGCCUCUCUCUCUCUCCUCCCCUUCCCCACCGAUCGCCGUGAAAUCCUCGCCAGCUCCGGGCAUCUCUCUCCCUUCUCGGCCGCGCGCAUCGCUCCCUCCAUCCCUCCAUCCCUCCUCCCUCUCCCGGAGGAGCCACCGCCGCACCAUGUCCGGCUCCGGCAGGAAAGACUUCGACGUGAAGCACAUCCUGCGCCUCCGCUGGAAGCUGUUCAGCCACCCCUCGGGCGGCCCGGCGGGGGGAGGCUGCCUGCCGCCCGACAGCGGCUUCGAGCACUGGGGGCCGAGCCAGAGCCGCCUGCUGAAGAGCCAGGACAGAGGCAACGGCGUCUUCUGGAAGAAAUCCGCCUCCCCUGCCUCCUCCUCCUCGGCGGCCACCGCGCCCAACGGGGGCCGCCCGGGGCCGCCGCCGCCCCGCACCGUCUUCUACGUGGAGUCCCUGGAGGAGGAGGAGGCGGAGGCGGCGCCCGGCGGGAUGGAGGUGGCCCAGGAGCCCGAGAAGCCGCUGCCGCCGCCGGAGCGCGAGGAGGCGCCGCGGGGCGGCGGGGACGGAGGCGGCCGGGCAACAGGUGACGGAGGCGGGCGCAGACUGUCAGGAGCCAGCCAUCCUUUACCGCCCCACUGUGACAUGGAUUCAUGUAGCUCUGAGGAGUUCUACCAGGCUGUUCACCAUGCGGAGCAAACCUUCAGAAAGAUGGAGAGCUACCUGAAACAACAGCAGCUCUGUGAUGUUAUCCUGAUUGCUGGGAAUCGCAAGAUACCUGCACAUAGACUUGUCCUCAGUUCAGUGUCUGACUACUUUGCUGCCAUGUUUACAAGUGAUGUUUGUGAAGCCAAACAAGAAGAGAUCAAAAUGGAAGGCAUAGACCCCAAUGCACUGUGGGAUCUUGUUCAGUUUGCAUAUACAGGCUGCCUGGAACUGAAAGAAGACACUAUUGAAAAUCUUCUAGCAGCUGCCUGCCUCCUCCAGCUCCCACAAGUAGUAGAGGUUUGCUGCCAUUUUCUAAUGAAGCUUUUGCACCCAUCCAACUGUUUGGGAAUACGAGCAUUUGCUGACGCACAGGGAUGCACAGAACUUAUGAAGGUGGCUCACAGCUACACCAUGGAGAACAUAAUGGAAGUUAUAAGAAAUCAAGAAUUUUUACUUCUACCAGCUGAUGAGCUCCAUAAACUUCUUGCUAGUGAUGAUGUGAACGUUCCUGAUGAAGAGACUAUUUUUCAUGCCUUAAUGAUGUGGGUGAAAUAUGAUAUGCAGAGGCGAUGCAAUGACCUAAGUAUGCUACUUGCUUAUAUCAGAUUGCCACUGCUUCCACCUCAGAUAUUGGCUGACCUAGAAAACCAUGCACUUUUUAAGGAUGACCUAGAAUGCCAGAAGCUUAUUCUGGAAGCCAUGAAAUACCAUCUUUUACCAGAGAGAAGAACUCUCAUGCAAAGUCCAAGAACUAAACCUAGAAAAUCUACAGUUGGGACACUUUAUGCUGUUGGAGGAAUGGAUAACAACAAAGGUGCUACAACAAUUGAAAAGUAUGAUCUCAGAACAAAUAUAUGGAUUCAGGCGGGAGUGAUGAAUGGCAGGAGACUUCAGUUUGGUGUUGCUGUCAUUGAUGACAAGCUCUUUGUCAUUGGAGGCCGGGAUGGUUUAAAGACAUUGAACACUGUUGAAUGUUACAAUCCAAAGACCAAGGCUUGGACUGUGUUACCACCAAUGUCAACACACAGGCAUGGCUUAGGAGUUACAGUGCUUGAAGGGCCUAUUUAUGCAGUGGGAGGCCAUGAUGGUUGGAGUUAUUUGAAUACAGUUGAGAGGUGGGAUCCUCAAAGUCAGCAGUGGACAUUCGUGGCAAGUAUGUCAAUUGCCAGAAGCACUGUUGGAGUAGCAGCAUUAAAUGGCAAGUUAUAUUCAGUUGGAGGUCGGGAUGGAAGUUCGUGUUUGAGUUCAAUGGAAUAUUAUGAUCCUCACACAAAUAAAUGGAAUAUGUGUGCUCCUAUGUGCAAAAGAAGAGGAGGUGUAGGAGUGGCUACAUGCGAUGGUUUUCUUUAUGCAGUUGGAGGACAUGAUGCUCCUGCUUCUAACCAUUGUUCUCGAUUGCUGGACUAUGUAGAAAGGUACGAUCCAAAAACUGAUACAUGGACAAUGGUAGCUCCACUGAGUAUGCCUCGAGAUGCUGUUGGUGUCUGUCUCCUUGGUGAUAAAUUAUAUGCAGUAGGUGGCUAUGAUGGUCAAACGUACCUGAACACUAUGGAAGCAUAUGAUCCUCAAACUAAUGAAUGGACACAGAUGGCUUCCCUAAAUAUCGGAAGAGCUGGUGCCUGUGUUGUAGUUGUCAAACAACCGUGACUUUGUCAGCAGUUCUUAGAUUUUACUGACUGUGAAAUGUUAUUUUUCUAUCAGGCAAUGAGAAUGAUGACUUCAUGAGAACAAGGAUUUAUACAGUGAAGACUUUUUGAUCACAAACUUGAAGAAAUUUGGAAGUGAGAAAAAUUCCGUAUUUAUGACAUAUAAUACUAUUAAAACUGUUCACAGUCAGUGAACAAGAAAAAAAGUCAGGCAUAAACAAGUGAACGUGGAGCAGUAACUUUAGGUACUGUUCUCAUGAAUACGUCCUGGAGAACUGUAUAAUCAAGGGGCAGCUCUACACCAGGAGCAGGAUGGAAUAUGAGAACAGUUUUUGUGACCACAAGACUUUUAACUUCAGAAACAUUAAAGUACAUUUAAUCACUUUUAAGCUGUGUUUUUUAAAAAAGAAAAGUAGAGAGAAAUAUAAAUUUUUUCUGUCCAGGUCUUGUCCUCAAGUGGGUUAUGGCCUUCUAUUUAGAGAGGCAGUUUGUUUCUUACUGAAAGGAAGAGGUGGAAAAGUCUGGAUAUUCAAGUUUCAUCAUAAUGACUGAGCUGCUGCUCUACAGUAGGAAGAAAAACAAAACUAGAAGUAAACCUCCAAGAUGACUUUUAUUUGUAACAUCAGAUUGUACCUCCUUGCCAAUAUUAAUGCGUCUUAUAAAUGAAUCUAUUUGAAGGGAAGCCUGUGUGUUUAAUCUAAUUAUACACAAAGCAAUCCUUUGAUUGCAUGGGGGCUUUGUUGCAGAUAUGGGAGUCAAAAGAACAGUUUCCUAAUUCUUUCUUAAUCUUAUAUUCAAUUUAAGCAUGUGGGAUCUGAUCUCAUUUUUUAAUGCAUCUUCUGCAUGUUGCAAGCUCAUGAAAAUCUGAAAAAUUAAUACUGUUCCUUCAAUGCAUCAUAUAUAGAUGAACCAUGACUAGAACAGUCUAUAAAGCCUCUUCUAACAUUUCAAGAGGGAUAAAAACACUUGAUUUCUUUCUGAUGCUCGUACAUACCAAUUUUGCCUGAUUAGAGCUGUCAGUUUAUGACCUUCCACUUAUGACUGAGUAUAACUGCAAGUAAGGAAUGCAGAAUAAAUGCAAUUGGUAUAAGGAAAAUUAGAUCAUUUGAUCAAAUAAAGUUCAUACGGUAAAUAUACUACAGUCAUUGGUACUUCUCUUUAGGUUUUAUCAUUUCUGGCAGUAAUGAUACUUUGAGCUCUUGGCUUGGCAGUAGAUUUGAUGUUGAUGCUUUCUAUCUGCUCAGCUCAAUUAGUUAGAAUCUAAAGUCACUAAUGGAAUAUGAAAUUCUGUUAUAUUUCUGUUAGAUAACAGAAUAUAUGUUUUCCCCUUCUGUUACAUAGGGAGGCAUAGGCUCUGGGCACAGGACUACUAAGCAUUUCUCUUCUUUGAAGCCUUGCUGAUCCUUCAGGAAGCAUUUCAUGGUCCAGAAACAGAAAUAUCACAGUCCUUUGUCACUAGCAAUAUUAAGAAGAAAUGAUGGUUGUCAUUAAGAGUUUUCCCAGUGGAAACCUCUGAAACCAUUUGAUAUUACAAGAUAUGUACAGCCUACUUGGGACAUUUGGUUUGAAAGUGUGUCUUUCUUUCUAACAGCAUCAGAAUGCAGCAUCAGGAGAAUUUUCUUUUCUCUUUUUCCUUUCAUUGAUUAUUCCUCCAGUGAAGUUAAAGCAAAAAGAAAAGAAAAAAUUUAAGAAAAAACAUAAUUAUCUUUGAAGUGCUUGUAGAAGCAAUACCUAAGAGACUAAAAAAAGUGGGUUCCCGAGAAGUAGGAAUAAAUUCAUCAGUGUUAUAACAGUAGCAGUGUUUUAAUGUUUAUUAAUAAAAUAAUUAAAGAAAUCACAGAGGAAAUUACUUUUUUUGCAGGAGUUUGAUUAGUUGUUAAAGUAAACAAAAUCAAGAAAAAUACUGUAACGCUAUGUCUCCUUUUUUGAAAUUAAUUAGUCUUCCUGGUUUAAUUCAUCUCAAAAUGCUAGAUAGUUAAACUCCAAGAAUACAAUUUUCAAGACAAUGUUAGAGGCUUUGUAAAUAUGGAAUAAUUCAAACUGAACUCAGUAGAAAAAUUGAUUGAACAAAACAGGUAAAUCUUUUCCUAUUCUUAUGAUUUUCUGCUUCUGAUGAUGCCAGUUUUAAUUUGUUUUAAUACAGUAGUGUUAAAAAAUCAAUCUUGCAAAAGAAAGACUAAUCUUGUGAUCCUCUGUUGUUCGUGGAACUGUUGAUUAUCUUGUAGAUUUGGACUUUUCCUUGAAGUUAUUUUUCACAUUUUCACUUCUUAUUAUUGACUGUGAGGGGUGCUAGAAAUGUAAUCAGUAUUACUAAGAUAUAAAAAGAAAAAUUUCAUUA